AUGUCCGGAUUCACACGCAGCAAAUCGUAUGUAUGCAACCUGAGUAACGAACUACAAGAAAAGGCUCGUCGAGAGUUGAACGAGAAGUCGGAAACGAGACACGAAUUUAUAAAAGCUCUUCGCGAGAAGACAAAAACAAGAGAAGAUAUCAAAUUCCGCGACGAUGACAAAUUUUUAUUGAGAUUCCUCCGAGCCAGGAAGUUCAAUCUUGAUAAAGCAUUUAAGAAUUUAGUUCGGUAUUAUGAAAUACAGAUUGACUACCCAGAAGUGUUCAGUGACUUAAGACCAUCGUCACUGAAGCAUGUGUACGACCAACACCUAAGCUGCGUAACGCCUGUAAAAGACACGAAUGGUGCGAUUGUUGGCAUAAACGCACUCGGUAAAUGGGACCCUGAUCGAUGUAGUUACGUGGACACAGUUAAAGCGGCAGUGAUUUCGUCUGAGUAUUUGUUAGAGGACGAGCGUAUACAGAUUAAUGGAGUUGUUACAAUUCUGGACUUUGCUGACCUAGCAACAAAACACAGUGCGUAUAUAAUGCCUAGCAACGCGAAAAUGAUGAUGACUAUACUACAGAGUAUACUACCGCUGCGAUUCAAGGCUAUGCAUUAUGUAAAUACUCCGCCAUUAUUUGAGACUGGAUACAAAAUAUAUCAAGCAUUCAUGAGUGCCAAAAUGAGGAAAAGGACGCAUCUACAUAGCGAUGAACUUGGUUCUCUUCACGAGUAUGUUCCGUCGGCCUGUCUACCUUGUGACUAUGGCGGCGUUUUACCAGAAUUGUCAACUAUUAGCAGGGAAAACAGCGAAAAACUAUUCAGUUGGGAGCAAAGUUACAUCGACAAGAAUGCCGGAUACGGUCUUCCCAAGAUGAGCGAAGCACUCGGAGGAGAUUCAACAUCUAUGAUUGAUCCAAGUGGCGGACUCGUUGGGUCUUUCAAAAAAUUGGAUGUGUAA